AUGCCAGAAUACCAUGCCGAGGACAAGCACUUGCCUCUCGUAGACAGUGCGCUCCGCGAGCUGCUGGAUGUGGGGCGCACGGCUAAGUUCACACCAGAUGCGAGGCCGGCCCCGAUCGCCUGGCUGAAGAGCCGCGCGCAGGUGCGGCAGUUGGCCGUCGACCAGGGCUUCGUCCUGCCGGCGAGGGCCGGCUGA